AGCCCCGGCCCCGGCUCCCAGCCCCAGCCAUGGCCCUGGAGCGGGCGCAGGCCGAGGGCCCCGCCGCCGCCCCGCGCCUCAGCGAGCCCGGCCCCGCCGCGCCGCCCGCCAGCACCGAGAGCCACGGCGAGGCGGCGGCCGGAGGAGACGCGGAGACCGCGGCGGCCCCCGGCGAGGCCCCGGUGCCGUCGGGGGGCGAGGGGGCGGCGGCGGAGGACGAGGAGGAGGAGGAGGAGGAGGAGGAGGGGGAGGAAGGCCCGGGCCCUGGCGGCGGCCCCCCCGAGGCCGGCGGGCAGCGCGGAGGGGCGGCGGAGGAGCCCGAGCCCGAGGCGGCCCCCGCGAAGCCGUCGCAGAACAUCGCGGUGCAGACCGACUUCAAGACGGCCGAUGUGGACGCCAGCACGGAUCAGGACAUCGAGAAGAACUUGGACAAAAUGAUGUCUGAGAGGGCUUUGCUGAAGGAACGUUACCAGGAGGUGUUGGACAAACAGAGGCAAGUGGAGAACCAGCUCCAGGUACAGCUUAAGCAGCUCCAGCAGCGGAGGGAGGAAGAGAUGAAGAACCACCAGGAGAUUUUGAAAGCAAUUCAGGAUGUUACAAUCAAGCGAGAAGAGACAAAGAAGAAGAUGGAGAAAGAAAAGAAAGAAUUCCUGCAGAAAGAGCAGGAUCUGAAAGCAGAAAUUGAGAAACUCUGUGAGAAAGGCAGAAGGUUGCUGAAAGAACAGGAGGAGAAGGAAAACAAGAUAGCUUCUCUGAUUGCAGAGCAGUCUGAUGAAAAGCAGCUGUGGGAGAUGGAGCUAGAUAAGCUGAAGAACCAGCACAAUGAAAUCAACAGGAACAUUCUUGAGGAGACAGAACGGGCCUGGAAAGCAGAGAUCCUGUCCCUGGAGAGCCGAAAGGAGCUGCUGGUGUUGAAACUAGAAGAAGCAGAAAAAGAAGCAGAGCUACACCUCACCUACCUCAAGUCUGCGCCACCAACGCUGGAGACAAUGAGGCCAAAGCAGGAGUGGGAGAUGAGGCUGAACAGGAUACGAAUGACAAAGGAGAGUGUCAGAGACCAGUUCAAUGACCACAUUCAGAUGGUGAGAAAUGGAACAAAGCUGAGCAGCCUCCCACAGAUCCCAACCCCAACACUGCCACCUCCACCCUCAGAAACAGAUUUCAUGCUGACGGCAUUCCAGCCCAACCCAUCCCUCACUCCCAGGCUCCCGUUUCCCAUAGGACCAGUCCCCGUUCCCAUGGUCAUGCCGAGCGCCGAUCCUAGGGCGCUCUCCUUUCCUCUCCUGAACCCCGCGAUCUCCAGGCCCAACCAGCCUUCCCCACCGCUGCCUGCUUCCCAAGGAAGAAACAGCCCUGUCGUGGCGUCGCUCAUCGGCACCCACAGUCCUCAUAUGACUCCUGCUGCCUCCAUCCCUCCUCCGCCGGGCCUGGGAGGAGUUAAGGUCACUCCAGAGUUUCACAGGCCGCAGCCGGCGGAUAAGCUGGAAAAGCUUUUGGAGAAGUUGUUGACUCGGUUUCCGCAGUGCAACAAGGCCCAGCUCACCAACAUCCUGCAGCAGAUCAAGACUGCUCGGAGGACCAUGGCGGGGCUGACCAUGGAGGAGCUCAACCAGCUGGUGGCGGCCAAGCUCGCAGAGCAGCAGGAGCGGGCAGCAGCCGGGGCUCAGCCUCUCAGUCGAAUCAGGGCCCCCAUGUUUUCUGCUCCGCUGCCUCAAAUCAGCACGCCCAUGUUCCUGCCCCCAGCCCAGGUGGCUUACCCUGGAACAGCAUCACAUACGCCCGCUGCCUGUAAGCUGUGUCUCAUGUGCCAGAAGCUUGUGCAGCCCGGUGACCUUCACCCCAUGGCCUGUUCGCAUGUGCUUCACAAGGAGGACCUCUCGCAUCCCCACGCCCCAGCCGAGCAGUCCCCUGCCACGCCACGUCCAUCUGGGGCUGCGUGGGCUCUGAACAGUUCCCCUCUUAGCAACGAACAGGUUCUAGACGAUAGGUUACAGAGUACUGGAGUCUACAGCGGCAGCCUGCGGCAGCCAGCCCCAUCCCUCCUCCCGCCGGGCAGAGUCCUGCACACGCUUUCACCUGGUGUUUCCUGGUGUAACUCCGGGUCCUGGGGAAGGAGCACUGGGGCGUGAACAAAUUUGGCUGUGCUGCAGCUCAGGAUAACCAACCAGUUGCAGAUUCUAGUUUUCCCUUUCCUGUACUUUCUCCUAAAACACGGGCUGAGGCACCAACCCUUUCUCCAUGGAUUUCGGUGGGAUCACGAGGUGCUCAGCACCACUUAAAAUCUUGCACUUACUCUGUAGGUUUUUUCCUUUUUUUUUUUUUUUUUUUUUUUGCAGUC